AUGGAUUUCAGGGGGCAAAAAUUGGCGGAGAGGAUGUAUCAGGUCAUCCUGGUCAUCGCGGGCAUCAUCGCGUUCCUCGCGGGCUACCUGAGCGGAUCCUUCGACACGAUGUCGUACAUCUUCACCUGCGGCGUGAUCGUGGCGGUCAUCCUGUGCGUCCCGGACUGGAACUACUUCAACCAGCACCCGAUCAAGUGGCUGCCCAUCGACGAGGACCACCCGGACUGGGAGACGAAGUACAAACCCCAGAUGGAGGCGAAGGGCGGGGCGAAGGGGGGGAAGCAGGAGAGCAAGAAGAAGAGGUGA